AAGUACCCAUAGUCCAUCUCCACUUCGAUCAUACCAAAUCUAGACAACUUCUCUAGAAAAGACAAAAGGAAACAAAAGAUAUGGCUCGGUUCAUGAGCUUUCUCCUCGCUCUUUCUCUUCUUGCCUUUGUUCCCCUUUGCUUGUCUCACAAGACCAAUGGUGGUUACCUCUAUCCACAAUUCUACGACCACUCAUGCCCCAAAGCUCAACAAAUUGUGAAGUCGGUGAUGGCCAAGGCUGUUGCAAGAGAAGUUCGCAUGGCUGCUUCAAUCAUGAGGCUUCACUUUCAUGACUGUUUUGUAAAGGGCUGCGAUGCAUCAAUCCUGCUAGACAGCAGUGGUGGCAUAAUCUCUGAGAAGAAUUCCGUCCCUAACCGUAAUUCUGCUCGAGGGUUUGAAGUUAUUGACGAUAUCAAGUCUGCAGUAGAGAAGGAAUGCCCCCAUACUGUAUCUUGCUCUGAUAUCUUGGCUAUUGCUGCUAGAGACUCAAGCGUCCUAACUGGGGGGCCUAGCUGGGAGGUGCCACUGGGGAGAAGGGACUCCAGAGGUGCCAGCUUGAGUGGUUCCAACAACAACAUUCCUGCUCCAAACAACACCUUCCAGACCAUUCUCACCAAGUUCAAGCUACACGGGCUUAACAUCGUGGAUCUUGUUGCUCUAUCUGGGAGCCACACAAUUGGGAAUUCCCGGUGCACAAGCUUCAGACAGAGGCUCUACAACCAAUCUGGCAAUGGCCGGCCGGACUAUUCGCUGGACCAGUCAUAUGCUGCUCAAUUGCGCACCCGCUGCCCAAGAUCAGGUGGUGACCAGAACCUGUUUUUCUUGGACUUUGUCAGCCCUACAAAGUUUGAUAACAGCUACUUCAAGAACAUAUUAGCAUCAAAAGGCCUGUUGAGUUCUGAUCAACUUCUCUUCACAAAGAACCAAGCCUCCAUGGAUUUAGUAAAGCAAUAUGCAGCGAACAACAAGAUUUUCUUUGAGCAAUUUGCUCAAUCCAUGAUUAAGAUGGCAAAUAUAUCUCCAUUGACAGGUUCCAGGGGAGAGAUCAGGAAAAACUGCAGGAGAGUCAAUGGUCAUUAGAAUGGGAUCAUUGCAGUAGAUUCAAGUAAAAUAAUUGAUGUAAUGUGUGUGCAUUUUCUUUCUUCAUUUUCAUUUUCAUGAAGUAACUUGUAUCUGUUUAACUCUCAUGUAUGCAGUGGCUGUUGAAAUGUGUUGGGCGUUGAUGCCAUACUGGUGGGUGCUUAUGGCAAGUUUUGUAUUCCUUUUGUAUAAUAAAUGAAGAAGUAUGCCAAUUUGAUUGGCAUUUUCA